AUGAACGUUCCAGCGGUCUAUCGGGGUUCCAAUUACUCCAGCUAUUCUCCCAGGUCGGACUCAGACUAUCAGAUCAUCCAUCGUUCUGAGGCGAUGGACGAUCGGAUGAUGGUCCGGCAUGAGCCUAGGGAAGACGAUUACUACUACCACAGACGGGUUCGUGAAUAUGACCAUGGACACCAGUACCCAGAGUAUGAAGUGAGGAGCUACAGGACUGAAAGCCCCGGUCGCCGCUCACGGAGGCGAAGGUGUAGUAGCGAUGAAGAUCUAGUUUACGUCCGUCGAAAUGAUCGCGAGGAAAGUCCCCACCACUAUCGACGGCAUCUUGCUGAAGGCGCUCUCGUUGGUGUCGGUGCUGCUGAAUUGAUCCGACAUCAGAGCAAGAAAUCCGACAAAGGUCAAGGAAGCACUAUUGCCCGGCUGGGUAAAGAUGUCGGCGCGGGAACACUCGGUGUUCUUGCUGCAGAUGCCAUCGUGAGGGCGCGAAGUCGUCAUCGGAGCAAGAGCCGCCCUCGAAGCAAAAGUCGCCGUCGUUGUGAAUCGCUUGACCGGGGAAGAGACUACCAUCGUCAUCGCUAUCGGUAUCACCAUCGGCGAUACCACAAGGGAGGUAGUCGGUCCUCCUCAUCUUCGCGCUCCCGGGCGCGCACACUUGCCGGGCUUGGAUUGGGGGCUGCUGCCAUUGCCGGAGCCGUUGCGCUAGCAAAGAAGCAUUCUGAGAAGAAUGAGAAGAGAGAAAAAUCGUCGACUCGCCGGAGUCGAUCGCGCCGCCGCCGUUCCUCAUCCACUUCUUCGAGUUCAGAUGCGCGGGACCCAGAACAUCGCAACAAACGGAUGGCGGAAGCAGGACUUGCAGGAGCCGCCGUUGCUGGGCUGAUUGAACACGCACGCAGCAAAUCCCGAUCAAGGAAAGGCCGCUCGCGCAGUCGGAUACGAACAGGAAUCCCCAUCGCUGCAGCUGGCUUAGGCAGCGCUGCGAUUGCGGCUAUGUAUGAGAAAACCAAGGCCAAAAAGGAAGAAAACAAAGAGAAAGAAGCACGCCGUGCGCGUAGUCGAUCACGAUCUAAAAGCAGAGCACGCUCAUACCCGGAUGCGCCUGCCGGUGUCCCUACACACUUGAUUGAGUACGGAGAGGACCCAGUCUACGGGCGUAUUCCAGCAAGCGACUACUACGGCCGGCCGGAAAGCCCACACUAUGUUGCUCGAAGGCAUAGUCGCAGCAGUCGCAGCCGGCGCCGUAGCCCAUCGACGGAGAGCUGGUCGUCUUCUGAUCGUGAAAGCAGGAAACAUCGUCGCAGCAAACGUAGCGGGAGGAGUCGAUCUCGAGACCUUGCAACGGCUGGACUCGCUGCUGCUGGUGCAGCAGGGAUUGCCGCACAUGAAUAUAAACAAAGAAAAGAGCGGAAAAAGAAUGAGAGGGAUCGAGGCAUGAACAAGAGGAAGAGGAAGAGCAGGCCGGUGAUAUGUACGAUGAUACAUAUGACUCUGCGGCCCCUUACCCACCCUCCCCUCCUCCACCAAGUGCUACCUCGUACCCUCACGAUCAUUACUACCCGCAGACAAAUCAAUUCCCGCCGCCACCUACCUCUACAACUACGCUUAACACUCAGCCAUACCGCUCUUCUGAUUAUCCGCCGCCUCUUAGGCCUUCAUCAAUGCCGCCGCCAAAUCAAGUCCCAUAUAACCCCGGCCGAUUACCCCCCGCCUCCGGGUGCACCUCCACCUCCUCAACACUAUCACUAUGCUCCUCCAACUGCACAGGACCCUUAUGCGCCUCGGCAACCUCGAGGUGAUGAGAAUGUGAGUGCUGUGCCGCAAUCCACCCUCCCUAUUGAACAGCACCAAGAUGAAUAUGAGGGUGUGAAUUAUCGUGACUUGUUUAGCCAGCGAAGCAGCCACCCAUUUCCUACAAAGAGACAGUCGUCACAUCCAGAAGGCGCAACCCAUGAAAGUCGUCCUAGGUCUUCAAGCCAACCGGCUGCAAAGACAGUUCAAUUCAAUCUUCAACCUGAUUAUGCUUCCGCCGACUCUUACACUGAAAAAGGGUACGAAACAGAUGAUAGUGACUCUACUAUUGACGGGUAUAACCGUUCGCGCCAUCAUGACACUCGCCGACAUCCUAGACAUCAACCUUCUCAUUCGCGGACUCCCUCCCCUGUUGCUUCGAAACGAGAAAGCCAAUUUCAAGUUCCGGUUAGGCCAUCAGGGAACCAUAAUUCAGAUUCUGAUAGUACCGUUGAUUUGCCCGACCGCUUUGACUCAAGAGGACAACCGGUAUCGACGACCUGGUGGUAG